AUGUCAGCUACCGAAUACACCGAAGAACAGGAAAAGAUAACUUACGCCAUUCUUAAUAAGGAUAAAAGUUCUUUUUAUGAGCUUUUACAGAUAGAUAGGGAAGCUAGCGAUGGUGAUAUUAAAAAAGCUUACAGAAAGCUGGCUAUAAAAUUACAUCCAGAUAAAAAUCGCCAUCCAAGAGCAGCAGAAGCUUUCAAAAGAAUCAAUAGAGCUUUUGAGGUACUGUCGGAUGAUAGUAAACGCCGUAUUUAUGACCAGUUAGGGUAUGAUCCUGAUGAUCGUGCCGCUGCUCAGGAGUCAUAUAGGAAUGGGGGACACGAAGGUUCUUCAGGAUAUAGGAAUGCACCAAGUGAUGGAAUGUUCUUUAGAAAUACCGGAGGAGCAGGGGAUGUCCCAGACGACUUAUUUUCGUUCUUAUUUAACUCCGGUGCAGGUGGAAGGCAGUUUGGGAUGGGCGGACCCUUUGAUUUCGGAGGAGGAACAACCUUUACUUUUGGUGGUCCAAAUGGGUUUAAGGUAUACUCUGGCCCUGGAGGUCGUUUUCAACAACAUCAUGCAUUUGGUAGGGUAUUUCGUGAUCAGGCAGCCCAUUUCCAGCGCACAGAUGAUGCCAAUGCUGCGCAGGAACCUAUUCAGCACAUGCUAGUAAUAUUACUAGUUGCUUUGGUAUUUCUGCUGCUACCAUCUCUAGGGUUCUGA